AAACCUGCAACACAUUUUUCUCAGAAGCCCGGAACAGCAGCCGUGCUCUUCACCUCCAUCACCUUCAGCUCCAGAAAUUUACAUUGAGCCGCCAUGAGGGCCCCUCACGUCCUGUUGCUGUGUGUCCUGGGAGCUGCACUGCUCUCCUCAGUGCUCUGCAACCAUGCACUGGGUCCCAGUGACUGCUGCUUUGGUUUUUACAAAGUAACACUGCCGAAAACUAGAAUCAGUUCCUAUCAGGAGACUGAUGACAGGUGUACGAAGAAGGCCAUCGUUUUUACGACAAAGAGGUCUCGUAAUAUCUGUGUAGAUCCAAAGCUCCGGUGGGUUCAGCGCAUCGUGAAACAAUUGGAUAAAGAAUCCUUGUAA